UCUCGCGAUGUGUGAUGUUCCGUUUCCUUCCAGGUCAGAAUCGCGUGCAACGUGGGAGAGUACAUUGUGCCUUGCACGGCUGGGGUCUCUCCAAUGAUCCUGGUUGGAGGUGGAGCUGUGCGGUGACGUCCCCCUCCACGACACCUCUCCAUCCCCACUCGCUAGCACAGGAUCACGACACCGUCCUCGAGCUGCUUCUCAGGUGCGGCCGCGGCAUGCCCUUCCACAGCAGGAUAGUUUGCGGAUGGAGUACACAGUCAUCUCGCAACAAGCUUCAACCACCAGACACUCAACUCCGACCCCGCUCGCACCUGCGACGGUGAACCAUGACCAGACGAAAGUAAGCAGGAUACUUUUGUGAUCAAAGGGGUCAUGGCAGCAGCGGCACCAGUCGCACCGCCUCCUCUUACCACCCGCACGUCGACUGCGAAAGGCCACACAAGGCUACGCGCAAACCAUGGAGGCGAAGACGGGCGAGCGCCGCCGUCCCCUGGAUACGAACCAACGAGCCCCAUGAAGCAAGCCGCGGCAGCUACAACCACAAACCCGAGCGCUGCGAGACCUCAGCCACGGCCAAGUCGCCCACCCACGGCAGAUUUCCUGUCCGACAAGACCACAGCGGCGCUCAUACGUCGUACGCUGUGCCCUCAGGCUUCUUUGGACAGAGGAAGGACCGCGCCUGCUCCGAUCGAGGAUCUCCUUCCGCCACUCACGAGUCGCAACGAUGUCGACCUCCAACUGUACGCCCUUAUCUCCAUCAUACUUCGGGAGUCUGUCCAGAACUGGUAUGGCAAGAUCACACCAGACGAGACUUUUGUUGCCGAGAUUGUGCAAAUAAUCGCGCACGUCACGCGCGCUUUGGAGCAGAGGCUUCGCAAGGUCGAUCUCGAAAGCCUCUUGUUUGAUGAGCUGCCUGAUCUGCUCGAUGCCCAUGUUCGCUCCUAUCGGAUUGCGAAGCAUGCUUCUGCAGCACGACCCCCUCUCGAGUCAAGCCUGCGUGAGGUCUAUCAUUCGCUCUGGCCCCUGCCCGCCUUGUCUCCGGUGCCCCAUCGAAAAGACGGGGUCAGUGAUCAAGAGCAAAACGAAAAUGAGCUCGCCUACCGCCAACUACUAGUCCAGGGCGUACUGGCCUUGUUGCUGCCAACUGAAGAUCUCCAGAAUGAGUGCCUGGUCGCGAUCGUCGGGCAGAUCCUUUCAGAGCUGAUCAUCGGCAACCUCAUGAUCGCGAAACUCUCCCAGCCAUGGCUAUUAUGGGAGAUUUUCAUCAUCUUGACCAGGCUGGGACAGAAGCAGCAGUCCUCGGCACGGCAACAGGACCUCGAGCCAGGGAGUGGUGGCAAGGCAAACAUACCUGAGUCCAAGCGACACGGCUCGAUCUUGACCAGCCUGUUCUGGUCAAUCAUGCAAAGUCUCUUUGUUAUGCUCAACAUCGGGAGAUUAUUAUUCAGCACUGUGGCUUUGUCGCGCUCUUUACCACCAAGGACUUCUUUCCAAUCUCACACCCCUAAAUCGACGCUUCGACCCGACGGAAAACCAUAUGCAGCCUCGAUAUCGUCAGACGUUUACGCAGCAACUCCUGACGUUCCUGUGGCCUCUUUCGCCAUCUGGUCCUGCCUCGGAAACCUGAUUGAGGUUCAAACACGCAUGCCGUGGCUCGGGGGAGCCCUUGCUCUUUUGCAAUGGGGUGGACUCAGUGGACCGGGCAAAGUCGCAAAUGUUGACGGAGUCCUGGACAGGCUCAUGUCACACUGUAUCCAGACAUACAUGCUGGCGCCCGAUCACCUGCCCCCACUGCUGCGCUCCAUCCGCGGCGCACUCUUCCCUAACAAUGCCCCAGGAACAUCGACCUUGACCCCCCCUUCAUCCGAUGAGGAACUUGCUGCACUAAAGCGCAGAUGCGCUAGGGCGAUCUGGGGGGCCGUCCCGAAAAGGGUAGGCAGGCUCUAUUAUGGCGCCAGUGCGUGGGCUUGGCUGCGCUCACCGCUUAGCAUCAGCAAACAUGGCGGUGGUCAGCUCCAGCAGCCCAGCGCCGUAGCCGCCGCCAACGAGAUGCGGUCCGAUCCGCUCCAGAAAACCAACAGUGCUUUUCAAGCAGAAGUCGAUCCCAAUGGGACUAGGGUCGACCUCGGACUGGGAUCAGGACGGACACAAGACAAUGAUCAACAGCAGCAGCAACAUGGCAUCGCGCAUGUAGGUGACGCAGUUGCGGCAGGCGCUGCUACCGCUCAUGUGACACUGGCGAAUAACGCAGCAGCACACCGGCGGGCAAGGCCAACACGCCAACAGUCCUCCAUCUCAUCCUCCGCUACCGCUGAAGCGACCCCUAGCCCCAAUCAGCCGACGUCCAACACCCCUGGUAGGCCGACGCCCGGAAUGGCACAUCCCAGCAAAAAGAUCAUUGAUCACGCGGGGAGUGGCAGAGGAUCGGCAGCCGCAGCAGAAAAGGAAGCACAGGAAGAGGACCCCGAGACCGAGCGGGCCAUUAUGGAAAUCGAGUCCGGCAUCCUGGACCUGUUCUCAGACCCAUACUGCAAUAAGCACCUGCUAUACGGCGUCCUCGAGCUUAUCCUUGUACGAUUGAUGCCCGAGCUGACCGAAAGGGGUGUCGUUGACUUGCUCGAGGAGCGUCUGGCUUAGCAAUAUUGGCAUGCCAGAUUUAGUAGAGCUAGUAGUGUAGAUACCACCAAAUACUGUCAAACAUUUCUCGCUUUCA